AUUUUUCACAGUGCACGAGCAACUUUCCAUGCACCGAGUGAUAUUUCCGGUGUCGACGGGGCUCGUCACGACUACAUUCGGUCAACGCCUCAGUGGCAGCGCCAGGGCCCAAGGCGCGACUGCGUCUUCGCCGAAACCGACUCGGAAGCACCCGGUAUGCUCGGGCUCUCCGUCUUGCGCGUCAAAUUGUUCUUCGACUUUGAGCAUCGUGGUCUUCGGUAUCCUUGCGCUCUUGUGGAGCGGUUCUCCCGCAAGGAUGACGCUCCCGACGAGGAUACUGGUAUGUGGAUCGUGUCUGCAGACGGAGACGAGGAUGGCCGAGAUGUAUCCGUUGUUCAUAUUGAUACGAUCCUUCGACUCGCGCACCUGAUACCUGUGUGGCACCAAUUUCCUCCCCGCACAAGGUGUACACUUUUCAACUUCGUUAGAUGUCUUCGACACUUUCUUCGUGAACAAGUUUGCGGACCAUCACGCGCAUGAAUAGCUUCAUAGCGACCUUAAUUCAAGUUGACUUAGAUACAGACUUGGUUCGUAGCAGGCCUAAUACAGGCUUCGAGCAUCGGAUCAGACCGAAUCAGACGCCAGUCCGCUGGCUGGUCUGAAAUAAUCCCGGCUGGACUGGAAUCUGCCUUGGUCGGAGCGACCUUCACAC